AUGUUUCAGAGUGACCAAAAAAGGUUUUAUGUGGAAAUAAACAAUGGUCUGGAAAGUAAAGUUGAUAAAGUGAUACCAGAUGCGGAUGAAAGUAUAAAGUUCUGGAGCGAAAUAUGGGACAAUGGAAUUGAACAUAAUAAGGAUUCUGAAUGGCUACAUGAAAUGAAACAGGGAAUCGGAUAUUUGAACCAAAACGAUUUGAAGAUAAAUAAGGAAGACAUUACAAAGCAGUGUAAGAAAUCCCCAAUUGGAAAGCGCCAGGACUAGAUGGAAUACAGGGUUAUUGGAUAAAGAAAAUUACUUCUUGUCAUCAAAGGAUUGCAGAACAGUUAGAUGAGAUUUUAAAUGGUAAGGCUGAACUACCUCAAUGGAUCACAUAUGGUAGGACAGUGUUGUGCUUAAAAGACCCAUCAAGGGGUAAUGCAGUUGAUAACUUUCGACCCAUAUCUUGCUUACCAUUGAUGUGGAAAUUGAUGACAGGUGUGAUUGCUGAAAGUAUGUACACUUUUCUGGAGAUAAAUGAUGUACUACUGAAUGAACAAAAAGGAUGUAGAAGAAAGACUAGAGGAACAAAAGACCAAUUGAUUAAGACUGGUGCUGAAAUCAAAACUGAAUGGCAGAAACAAAAUCAUGGCGAUGAAUACUUGGGCUGUUGCGCUGCUGAGGUACGGAGCUGGUGUUUUGAAAUGGUCAAGAGAUGA